UUCCAUGGUAGAAGAAUAUAGGUAGACGCAUCGACGCAGCUGCUGGGACAAUGAACUGUCAAACCAAUUUUGGAAUUAAAAAUGUUGAAUGAAAAAUUAUUUAAAUUUGUAAAAAUUGUUGAAAAAUGCAUAUCUUUACAACCCACGAUUUUUGUCGUAUAAGAAAACAUAUAAAAAUCUACUUAUAUUUGAAAAGAAAUUUAAAAAUUUUUGACAUAUCAAUGCUCUCAAGCGUUGAUGCAUCUACCUGUAUUUUUCUACCAUGCUGCAUUCGCAAUUCAAAACCGUUGGCCCAUAUUCGCAUAUUCACUCGAUCUACACUCAAUCGCAAGUCAAAUUGUCAUUGUCAUUUUAAAUAAAAGAGAAAAUCGUAAGGUUAACCAUGGCUGCUGAGAAUUUCGAACAUGGAACUGUUAUAAAUUUCGGCAAUCGUUACAUUUGGCGCCUUGAAAUACGCGGAUUCUCUGCUGAAUCCCCCCUAAUUAAGACAUUCAUUGAUGGCAUCUCAUCUACAUGGAAGUUGUAUUUAGAAAGGAAAAAGUUCUAUGUCAAGCUGAUUUCUGCCAAUAUAUCUGAUACCCAGUUUACAGUCAGUAUAUCAACUAACGAUUUUUCUAUCAGUGGGGAAAUUUCCACGAAAGAAAGUAACAAGUACCAUUACCUAGGCGAUACGCCAUUCUUGCGUGCACUUCCCAUGGAAGUGAUGUUCGAAAUUAGCGUCAAAUAUAAGGAUGAAAAAGUGAUUUUUGAGGAAGUUCUGCCGAUAUCGAAGAUCAAGAAAGAUCUUGCCAAACUGUUGACCGAUGAAAAAUUUAGCGAUGUUACUCUGGUGGGCCGCGGUGGAAUGCAGUUCAGAGCCCACAAGAAUAUAUUAAGUGCCCGCAGUGAGGUCUUUGCUGCCAUGUUUGACAACGAAUUCCUGGAGAAUAAAGCAAAUUCGGUUUCCAUCGAUGACAUAGACGGCGAGGUGUUGCAGGAAAUGUUAAACUAUAUCUACACCGAGGAGAUUGUAUCCAAAGAAUUGGCCGCUGACCUCUAUGUGGCAGCCGACAAAUAUGCCCUGGUAGAUCUGCAGUCAUUGUGUGAAAGCAUCUUAACCCAGACAAUGGAUAUAUCUUCUGUGGCCGAUAUUCUUUUGCUAGCCGAACGGACGUCCAACGAACGUCUGAAGAGAAAUGCUCUUCAGUUUAUAUCGAAAAAUAUUGUAGCUGUUAUGGAGACAGCAAGUUGGAAACGUCUGCAAGCGUUGGAUCACAAUCUAUAGGUGUGUCUGGUUACUU